GUUUGGGUCUCAAAAGUCAAAUUAAGUGGGGCGGAGAAAAUGUUGAUGUUUGUUUAAAGAUUUUUCAGAGAUUCUAUCUGCUGCAAUUAAUACCCAUGUUGAGUUUUUUCAAGGGCUUUUGGAUUUCUAUAUUGUAACAUCAUCAUUCAUGGCUUUGAAAGCUUGGAGGGAAUUUUUUUUAUGGGUAUAAAGGAACAGCGACUGGGGCUCUGAUUUCUUUAAUUGGAAUGAGUGGGGGGUUGGACCCUUGUGUUGAGUUUGUCUUUGAAUUUUGGAAUCUUCUUGGUGUGGGUUUUAGGGCAGCUGGAAGAAGAAAUAUACAAUUGCAGCAGGUGUGCUGGAGGGAAUUGGAGGGGUUGACCUAAAGCUAAACAGAAAUUGGUGUCAGAUUUGGGGAAUUCUGUGCUCUGGGGCAGGGAUCUGGGGACGUUUUUGAAGUGGGUUUAUCUUAUUUUCUGGUGUUUUGAGGGCUUUUCUCCUGGAGAGGGGUACAGUGUGAUUUAUUGAAUCCUAUUGUAGCUUUGAAGCAGUUUUGCUUGAAGUUGAGGUGAGGUUUCUGCAUUUUAAAGGCUUCUUACCUGACAUUUGAGAGAAGAAACUGUAUUUUGCGGCUCGUUUAAAGUUCUGAGCAAACUGGACUGAGCAAUUCAGGUUAUUGGAUUAUUGCCUUGACGAACGGGUCUACUUGGUUUCCAGUGUGAUUAAAGGAGCUGUCUUUGGCUCCUGAGGCACCCUGUUUGCAGUUCUGUUGUUGAAGUUUUAUCCUUAUCGCACUCUGAGAAAAUGGCUUGUGUGAAAUUGGGAUCCAAGAAUGAUGCAUUUCAAAGGCAAGGCCAAGCCUGGUUCUGCACAACUGGGCUGCCUAGUGAUAUUGUUGUUGAAGUUGGAGAAAUGUCCUUUCAUCUCCACAAGUUCCCUCUACUCUCUAAAAGUGGAGUAAUGGAAAGAUUGAUUGCAGAAGCAUCUGAAGAAGAAGAAAAAUGUUCCAUAAACCUCCCUGACAUUCCUGGUGGUGCCAAAACAUUUGAACUUGUUGCCAAAUUCUGCUAUGGGGUGAAACUUGAACUCACAGCUUCGAAUGUGGUGUACCUUCGGUGUGCUGCUGAGCAUCUCGAAAUGACUGAGGAAUAUGGGGAGGGCAAUCUCAUUACACAGACCGAAACCUUUCUCAAUCAAGUAGUCCUCCGUAAUUGGAAAGACUCCCUUAGAGCACUCCAGACCUGUGAUGAUAUUCUCCCUUAUGCUGAUGAACUCCACAUUACAAAGAGGUGCAUUGAGUCAUUAGCCAUGAAGGCAUCUACUGACCCCAAUCUAUUUGGAUGGCCCAUAAUGGAGCAUGGGGGUCCCAUGCAGAGUCCAGGUGGAAGUGUCUUGUGGAAUGGGAUAAGUACAGGGGCCAGACCAAAAAAUACAAGUUCAGAUUGGUGGUAUGAGGAUGCAUCAACAUUAAGUUUAUCUCUCUAUAAGAGAUUAAUCACAGCCAUGGAGUCACGUGGCAUUAGACAGGAAAUUAUUGCUGGUUCCCUUAGCUUUUAUGCAAAAAAGUACCUACCUGGUUUGAACAGGCGUCAGAGUGCAAAUGAUUCUAGUUCCCGUCUUCCACCUGUGGCCUUGGGGGCACCACCAUCAGAAGAAGAGCAGAAGCUUUUACUGGAAGAGAUUGAUAGUUUGCUGCCAAUGCAGAAGGGCCUUGUCUCAGCUAAGUUCCUCUUUGGACUACUUCGAACGGCCAUGAUUCUUCGAGCAAGCCCCUCUUGCAUAUCAAAUCUUGAGAAAAGGAUAGGGAUGCAACUUGAUCAAGCAACUCUGGAAGAUCUUCUAAUGCCCAAUUUCUCUUAUUCCAUGGAAACACUUUACAAUGUUGAAUGUGUGCAACAGAUUCUUGAACAUUUUCUUGCCAUAGACCAGAUCACAGGUGGAGCCUCUCCAUGUUCAAUUGACGAUGGUCAGUUGAUUGGAUCACCUUCCUUGACACCAAUCACAAUGGUAGCCAAGCUGAUUGACGGGUACCUUGCAGAGGUUGCCCCUGAUGUUAAUUUGAAGCUCCCUAAGUUUCAAGCUCUUGCUGCUUCUGUUCCUGACUAUGCCAGGCCCUUGGAUGAUGGUCUUUAUCGUGCAAUUGACAUCUAUCUGAAGUCACACCCAUGGUUGUCAGAAUCCGAAAGGGAACAACUAUGCCGGCUGAUGGACUGCCAGAAACUCUCCUUGGAAGCCUGCACUCAUGCUGCACAAAAUGAAAGACUGCCACUAAGAAUAGUUGUCCAAGUCCUCUUCUUUGAACAGCUUCAGCUCAGGACUUCAAUUGCCGGCUGCUUUCUAGUUUCUGAUAACCUCGAUGGAUCACGGCAAUUAAGAAGCGGGUUUGCAGGAUCUAACGAAGGAGGCUGGGCUACGGCUGUAAGAGAAAAUCAGGUCUUGAAGGUGGGCAUGGAUAACAUGAGAAUGCGGGUUUCUGAGCUUGAGCAGGAGUGUACCAACAUGAAGCAAGAAAUUGAAAAGUUAGGUCGGGAUAAGGGUUCUAGCACUUGGGGAAAUGUCUCGAAGAAAUUCGGGUUCAAGUUAAAGUCUCAAAUGUGCAGUGCUCAGGAGGGUUCUGUUAGCAACCAGAAUAGCACAAAUGGAAAGGUCGAGAAGCAGGUGAAGGACCGGCACCAUGGAAAACACAAGAAAAAUUUAAGUCAAGAUAUCUAGGACUGUUCUUCCAAUUUGAGUUCCUUUGUUGAUUAUUAUUGAUUGUAGUUGUACUUCAAACCUGAAAAGCCAGAAUCCAAUCUCCAACUGUGUCAUACAAUUCCUCUUUAGCUGCCUGAUUUGCUUCUCAAUAAAAAGCUACUCAUUGA